AUGGAGGAUUUAAAAUGGCUUCUAAUAAUGAAUUCUGGAAUGGUAUUUUUGUCAAAUGGUCUAAAUUUUGUUGCUUUAAAAUAUGAAUUUUCGAUUGGUAGAAGCACAAUCAGCAAAAUAAUAAAAGAGACUUGUGAAGUAGUUUGGAAUGUAAACCAAUCAAUUGAAUUACCUGAACCAAAUCGUGAUCAAUGGAUUGACAUAUCCAAUAAAUUUUAUACAAAAACACAAUUUCCUAACUGUUUUGGCGCUGUUGAUGGCAAACACAUCCGAUGUGUUAAUCCAAAAAAUUCUGGGUCAAUUUAUUUUAAUUACAAAAAGUUUUUUUCAGUAGUCCUGAUGGCAGUGGUUGAUGCAGAAUAUUGUUUUAUAUAUAUUGAUGUAGGGGCAUGCGGACGUGAAGGGGAUUCUACUGUAUUUAAAGAAUGUUCCUUUGGGAAAAAAUUAUAUGCAGAAAUAUUAGACCUACCAGCACCUGUUAUUUUGCCGAAUACAAAUGAAAAUCCUCAGCCAUUUGUUAUAGUAGCUGAUGAAGCAUUUGGUCUUCACAAAAACUUAUUAAGACCUUUUCCAGGACGUGGUAUUGAUCAAAAGAAAAACGUAUUUAAUUACAGAUUAUCAAGAGCAAUAAGAUAUGUGGAAUGCUCUUUCGGUAUUUUAUCGAAUAAAUGGCGAGUUCUACAAAUUACUAUAAAUGUAAAAUCAGAUUUUGCUGAUAUAAUUGUGAAGACUUGCUGUGUACUUCACAAUUUCGUCCGGAAAAGGGAUGGAUACAAUUUUGAAAGAUAUUUUGAGCAAUAAUUUAGAUCUUGAAAAUAAUAAUAUACCUGGAUGCAGAUCUCAAGGCAAUGAUGUUAGAAAUUAUUUUGGAAAUUAUUUCAUGGAUAACGCGGCCGUACCAUUUCAAUUUAGAUAAUAUAAUUUAUAUUAAAAUUGUAAAAACUUACUAUAAUUAUAUAUAUAUUAUAGUUUUGUACAA